AUGGAUGAGUUCAUUAUAGCCUCAAAAAAUGCUCAAAGCCCCUUCGCUCAACCGUUUGUUGUGUCAUUACCGUUACCUAAAAGUAUACAGGGCGGUUCUGGUCAACAAGCAUCAAUUUACGAUUCAAGCAAGCCACAUCACCAUGAAUCAAAUGAUUUGUCUUUAUGCAUGCUUUCCAACAACUGUCAACGUAGAACAUCAAUGGAUGGCGGAAAUUGUAAACAACUUUUACUAUCAUCUAAUACAUCUAAAGAUGUGAAACCAUCCACAUUUCACAGUAAAAGUCGCUCAUAUGCAGAGACAGUUACGCGUGGUUAUGUUGUAACACCUGGUGUUGAAGGUAUAAGUAUGAAUAAGUUUAAUUAUCGCGAAUCUCAAAUAGAAAAUCAAAUUUACACAGCAUCAACUGCGCCACUGAAUGGUGCUUAUGAGUGUUCUAUGUCAGAUCCAUCCACAGAACAAACUACGCUAGCUACAACAUCAAAUGGCACUGAGAGCAAUAGGCCAACAUCUAUUAAUUCGAAAUCACGUUCAAUACAUGAGAAUACAGAGACUGUGAUAGACAAGAUUCCUCACUGUACAAGUACUACUCUUCAGCAGCAACAGCAUCCGCAAAGACAACAACAACCUUUCAGUCAGCCGAAUAGCCCGAACUUCGGUUUAGAAACUUUGCUGCGUGACCAACGCGACUCAAAAACGGAUUCUUACAAUACUUUAGGCUACCAGAAUGACAAAAACGCUACUCAUACUAACAAUUACAAUGCUUUUAAUAACACUGUUGGCAAACAAAACGAUCAUACAAAUAACCAACUAACUUCAUUUAAUUAUAACCAUAUACCCAGUAAAUCAUUGCAUUCAAAGUCAUUCAAUUCGAAAUCGAUGAGCAUGGUGGACACUAUGCCUCACAGUAGCAGUGGAUCAACCAAUAAUCGUAGCUUAACUGCUUAUUGGUUAAUGGAAACUGGAGGUGGAGUUGACUCACUUGGUUACGAAAGACCAUCGUUAAUUCGCACAUCAAUUCCAUCUCAGACGAACUCAGCAACUUCAAACAGUGAAAACAACAACAACAUCCCAAUGUUCAUUGAUCAAAGCGGUAAUAUUGAUUUCCUCGAAAGAACUAUUUGUAAUCAUCAAUCGCUAAGGAAGACAAAAGCCAAUCCUUUGACAACUUGA